UAGAGUGAGUGAUAAACCAAAUCUGACGUGAAAAAAAUGAGAAAAAAAAGUUGCGUGUGCGUCCAUUUUUAUUCAGCGUGAAUUUAUUUACAAAAUGAAUUAAUUUAUUGUAAAAUACAGAAGAUUCAGUUAAAAUCUGGUCCGGUGGCCAUACUUCAACUUUACCCAUUUAAAAUGAGGUAACAUUGUCCUCAUAUAAGUGAGAAGAUGUUUAAACAACAACUGUCGCCUCGCAGCGUGCACCCGUACCAGACUACCAUGAUACCACGGAGUGAAAUGCAGUUCAUGACUGCUGCACAACAAAGGGCGAAGUAUCCGUGGGCCGAAGAAAAUAACACUGUUUAUCAAGUCCCAGGAACAGAUAGCUCAACUUCUGAUAAUGCUUAUCAUGUACCUCAUUAUUACAAUACCUCAGUGAGAGAUUAUGGGCCACCUUCACCUGUUUACCAAGCUCCUUACACCACAGGAACAUGGCAUAGUUAUAAGAAGAAAGAUAAAAUUAAUCAGCGGCCUCCAACUGAAGCAUACUCAUUCCCUCCUUGUGCCUCGGCCUUUUCACUUCCGCUGUGCGAAGUUGAACCAAGAACUAUGAACCGGUCUCCAAUACCACCAGUGCCAUCAGUCAGCCCUGAAGUGCCAAUCAUUGGAGCUUGUGGUGGACAUUGUCCUGGAUUUGAAUAUGUGUGCUAUUAUAUUUUACAGGUGAUAUUUGUAGUAGGUAUACUAACUGGGAUCUCAUUAUGUAUUGCUGGAAUAGUAUUACGUCGCACAAACCGCAAUGGAGACCUUGGUGUAUUAGUUUAUAUAGGAUGUCUAUCUUCAUGUGUUUGUGGUGUUUUGCUGGGUGUUCAGUGCUGUGUUCGAAGGGAAAUUCGACAAAGAAAGCUCCGGGCGAAUAUGCACAUACCCAUGCAAUCCAUACAGGAGACACCAGCCACUGCUUGCCCAUUGUUAACUUCCACACUACCUCACAAUCAAGUAUACAGAGGUUCAACUAUUGAAAACAUAUUCCAAAAAUAUGGCUUUUGUUCACAGGCCUACUGUAAGUAUUUGUGCUGAAGAAGAAGAGACUGGAGUUCCUUGGUGGCGUCGCUCCAACAGAGACUGAUUAGUUUUAAGUUUAUUUACAGUGACAUUGUAUAUAAAAUGUAACUUUCUCUUAAGAACAAGGACCAUAACAUUUUUUUUAUGAAUAUAACAUAUUUUGCUUAAC